AUGCAGAUUAUUUCCUCAACGGCUCAUCGGGACAAUAUAUGUAUCUGGAGACGAUUCAAGAAGAGACCUCGGAUGAUUUGAGAUCAGACAGCGACGUGGAUUCGAGAAAUUCGCCUGUUGGAUGGCUGGCUACUGAUUCGGAGGAUGGCAGCGUCAUUUGCAACGAUCAACUGGACGAUGUGGAAUGUGAAUCCGACCGCGAAAUUGCCUGCCCGCCCAAGCGAAGAAAGCAAGAGAAUUUCCUCAGCUUGCCAGAAGCCGAAGAUGACGAAGAACUGUCGCUGAGCAGAUCGAGUAGCUUGCUGCAGUUCGAAACCCUCGAAAAAGAGUGCCAGGAAAAUCAAUCGCCCCGGAUUUUCUCGCAGUUUUCCUUCGAUCCUCUUGACAUAGCCAAGACUGAUGUCCAGGACUUCAGCCCUGGGUUUGAGGUGGAUAUUUUCCAAACUUUUGGAAAUGAGUUGAAUCGCUCCAAGCAAAGCUCCAGUCGGGACUCGCUUCUCUAUAACGUGUCCACCAGAUACUCCAGCUCAGAUUCCAGCGACUCCGACACAACCGUGGAAAAUUCCCGAUCGUGCGACAAUCUGAAGACCUGGCGCAGCUUCGAUAGCUUGCAGUUGGGCGGCAAUGGAGGCACCAAGAAGUUCUCCAGUGAAAAUCUGAGCGAAGACAGCGGCUAUGGAGAACAGCUGCUCAGCAGCUUGAAUAAUCACGCCAAACUUACCAAUCCUUUCAUGGUAAGUCUGAGCAGCAGCACGGGCAAUCUGAUGGGGCUGAGGAAGAGCGAUAGCAACAAGAUGGCCAAAACGAUUGACGAUAAUCCGCCCAAGCGGAAGAAGAACAGCUAUGUUGGCUUUGGUGCUUACGACUGUGAUGUUUUCCAGAACUUCAAUGGCAACUUUGGAGUCUCCUACCAGGACCUCUCGAUCUUCGACCGAUACGAUCCGUUCAGCGAACCGCUGAACAAAACCUCCCCACUAACCGAUGUGUUUCUUCGCAAAAAACACGCCCGCCAACUGUUAAACUCGAUUGGCGCUGCUCAGACGCACGCCAUUAACUUGAAUAUAAAUUUAGAUCCAGAAACGAGUUAUUCUAAGUCGGCUAAAUUUAGCGCUUGUAAUGUCUCGCAUGCGGCCAGCGUACCCAAUUUGCUUCAGAGCACCGAAAGAUUGCCAGUUGACAUUCAGGAUUCAGUUGUAAAUGUUUGCAGCGUGCCAAAAGACUUGAAUUUCCUUGGAGAGUUCAACAGUCCAACUACUGCAUCUGUGGCGGAAAAGAACUGGGACUUGGCGGAUCUGAGCUGCAAUUUGUGUGAUAAGAGUGAGAGUUUUGAAGCUGCUGGUGAGUGUGCGGUUGUAGUGGAGGAAGAGCCGUUUAAGUUGCGUUUGGAAGCUACUGAGGAAGAGGAAACUGUAGAGGAUGAUCGUUUGAGUGCACACAGUGACGACAUGUCGAGCUACAGGCGUGAAGGGUCUUAUAAUGAAGCCAUGAGCAAUCGCGUGGACUUGAGUGACGACGAAAACUCUUUGCGUUUCAAGGCGAAGCUCCCUAAAUCUCCUAUAGUGGAUUUCGACCGCAAGGUACUCAGGCCUAUCUCAGAACAGUCCUUGCAUAGUCUUCUGAGCAGCACGUCCAGUCUACAAGGCUGCAAUCAGCCGCUUUCCUAUCUGGAAAAACCGGUUUUCACCAAAUCCGCGCCAGUUAAGAGAUAUGAAAAUAAACCGGCGGUUGCCGUGAGUACUCCCGACUUGAACCGGAUUGAACCAGUGGUCAAGAGGGAAAAAGAGUCGUUUUUCGAUGACGAUCGCAGGAAAAGUACUCUGGAAAUUUCCGGAAGUAAAUACGACACUUCCAGGAUGGAGGAGGAGAGGAGCCGGAACAUUCUUCUGGAUAACACCAGCACGGAUGAAAAUGAGGUCGUGGUGAGGAGGAAGGGAUCGAUUAUUAAGAGCAGCACCAGCACAUCCGGAAUGAGCGACAUUGACGACAAAACUUUGAGGCAUUCUGUGAAGAGUUUCACUGGCAGCAGUGGGAGUAAAGGCGUGCACUUUUCGCCAGUGGUGGCGGAAGUAAACUGGCAGGACGACGCCAGCAAUUCUACAGUAACUCCAGAUAGAGACUCGCUGUACUCUUUGAACAGUUCCUCGCCUGAGCCGCGCACUCCGCCUCCAAAGCCAAAACUCCUCAAACCGAAGCCUCAAUACGGCUCAAUACCCAGCAGAAGAAGCGUGUCCCAACCGGACUUGAGCGACAACGAGGUGAAAACCUACAAGCGGGAAUUCAUUGACUCUUUCAACAGUUUGAGGCAGCAGGACGUGAGUAAGAGCCAACCGGAUGUUAGCCGAAUUAAGCGCAGAGGGUCGCAAUUGGUGCGCAAAGAUUUGGAUGGUUGUACAGUGAAAGCGUACAUUGAUGUGGAUGGUGUUCAGUAUCGGCACACUCAUUUGGAUCUGAAAAGUCUUAGUCAAACAUCUUUGGCUGGAUCCAACACCGCCUUAAAUGCCAAACCGAAUGCGAACAUCGGCGCCCAAAAUUCGGGCAGCAAAAAUAGUCUCACGUCCAGAUUCCCCUUCUACCAUCCUCACUCCCAUGGCAGUCCGGAUGAUGAAGACGCCAAAUUGUUGAAAACGAAACAGUCGAGCGGCGGCAAACUUCCGAACAGUAGUGGUACCAUGGCGGAACAGUCGCACGGUACCAACGCGAUCAGUGUUGAUGCGGGACCAAAACAACGGAAAAGCAAGUCGGGUUUGGGUGGUUUUCUGCAGCGAUUGGCCAGCUUUCGAUUGGGAGCCAAAAAAGGACAAGAGCAAAAGGAUAAGCUCAAGAGGAAUGGUGCUGCUGCAACAGGUCAGGUGUCAGUGCAAAAGAACCCGAACCAAGGCGUUAACGUGGCUGCCGCCCCCAAGCCCGAUUACAUCUACAUCCCGUUGAAAGGGCCGUCGCCCUUGGACAACAACAACAGCCAUGCCGGCCCUGUUUCGACCGGGAAGCCGCCCCUGCCGAAACAGCCGCCCCCAAGGGUGGUACACGCGAGCGUUAAAAAGUCGCACGCCGCCAAUGGCGUCGGUUUGGAUAACCGACGCCGGCGACGCACUAUCGAUUCGGCGAACGACGUGGGGCGCCUCGGCUACGGGAAUGCCUCUAUGGACGGACCCAUGGGGUUGAUCGAGACCGAUCUCGAUACAGAAGUUACGGUUAUAACGAACGGGGCUAAUGCCAAAGCGCGCAGUCUUUUAGACUUGGGCCCCGAGCCCCGUCUACAAGUGCCCCAACGCGCUGAUGGAUCGCAAAGUGGUUCCGGACGCCCUCACAAAUCUAUGGAGUUUCUUCUAGAUAAGCAGAACCUUAAAGUAGUUGAGCCCCCUGAAAAUGAACUCCAAAAGACCGAGCGCGUUAUGUCCGAGCACGAGCUGAGAAUCCAGCGGAGCCUGCAAAAACUGACGGUUCCCGAAUGGUACAAAAAUUCGCAAGUGCCCGGCCAAGGUUUCCUGCUGAAGAAACAUCAGUCGAGAGAAUCGCGAUGGACAGGAACGGGAUCGAAAACAACCAGUCUCAGUUCUUUGGGUUCGGGUACUCAGAGCCCGUUAGUGCUGAGCCCCACGCCCUCCAGCCAGCCUUUUGUGCGAUGGAGCACCUCAAAACUCAACAGCACUGCGUCCUCGCCUUGCCAGAGCACCCGUAGCAGUUUCAAUCAAGGCAGGCAAGCCAAUGGCACGCUUUCGCCCAGUUCUGCAAGAUCCAGCUUCAACUACAGGCAGCCUUACAUGGGCUGGAGAUCGCAGGAGAGGUUGAACCGACCACGAACACCAGCAGAAAGACUGGCCAGUACGUUGCUUUCUAAGCAAAGCCACCAACCACUUCAGCAAGAAAGCCCGGAGAUCCAGACCUCCAUUAAGGAGGUCACUUCGGCUAUUGUCCACUAUGUUAGUGGGCUGAAACCGACCGAAGGUCUCGACAAUCAGGACGGCAGUAGUAGACGGUCUAGUUCAGUAUCGCCUAGGGGUAGCCAGAAACUUUGCUGGCUGGAAAGCUCCUUUGUGGGGACUAAACCUCUGGAUAGUCCCGAGACUCCCGUUACCUGCUCAGAAAGCCCGGUGCCCCCUCAGAGUCUGAGACUAGAUCUGCAAAACCACAGCAGCACUGGUGAGUCACUACGGUAUGUUUCACUAGAUCUGGCAACAUUAUCGCCUGGAACUACCAGGGUGCGACCUUCGCCCAGUUCCACCACUUUGGAGGAUGUUCUGGAUUCCCUUCUAGGUCUUCCUCCUUCUGGUAGGGCCGCAAGUCCGUGCCUUCAAGAGACGGCGUCAGCUAGCACUAGCCCGAAGCGCCGUUCGAGCGACGCCGACCUAAACGGCGCCUACCGACGCCGCUCAGAAGGAUCAGAACCAGCGUCGGGCAACAUCGAUCCGGCUCUGCCCACUCCGGUGCUGCUGCGUUGUCGCUACUCGCGUUGUGGAAAAACCGCGCUACCAUCAUCCAAAGAGGCCAAAUCGUACAAGAACUGUCACAAUUGCUCCUACACCUAUUGCUCAAGGGCGUGCAGAAGAAGCCAUUGGGAGCGACAUCGCAAAACGUGUCUUUUUUCCAGAAUGGGCACUCUUUGUCGCCAGGUCAUUCAGGCGGUCAGGGAUCAAAAAGACACACUGAGGGAGCUUUCGAAGGUGGCCAGAAGAGGUUACAUUUCUCAUGGUCUGGGAGCAGUGAAGUGUUUCUUCCCCAAUCCCGAGGCAGCGGACAAGUUCUUAGCCGAAGGCCUAAACAGUUUAGGAGAGCUGACUUUUGCCCGAUGGCAAGACCUGCUUCCAACCGAAAUGGGGCCCAUGCUCUACAAAGAGCUGGUAGAGAUGUGCCAGAACUAUAACUCCGAAACAAAGUUUGUCCUCUAUAUUUCCUUGUGCGUAGUCUCGGAAACGCCGGCCUCCGGAGCGAUCAAAUGGGAGCGACAGCUGGUAUCCAGAUGUGCCAAAUUGCGCCUAAGCAAAGACAUUAACUUCAUCGGUCCUGAGCCGCUUUCUGAGACCCUGGAAACGCUGAUCCUCACCUGUUCGCCCAUUCGAUUGCCCACUCCUGAGACCAGCAUUCGCGCCCGACUGAUUGCGGUGAGCAAUUUGCAGGCGCAGCUUCGGGAUCGGGGCGUUUCGCUCAGCAGACAAUAUCCAGACAUCUACAAGCAGUUGGACAGCUACAGUGAAAACUUGAGUAUCAAAUUCGAGGCCCAGACGAUUUAUCCGCGCAAUGCGAUCACCAGCAAGAGUUUCAUGUGCAUUCUGAUGCUGGAAAGUGAUCCGCAAACGUUGAAACAUGUGGAAAAGGCCGGUGUGAAGGUCCGGACUGUUGAUUGCCUUCUAUCAUGUGAGACGAUGACAACGCUUUAAGUUUUCUAUCUGCUAGUUAGUUAGCUGGAAAUUAAUUAAUUAUCCAUACUUCUUGUAAGUAGGUAGGUAUAUUUGAUAAUUUUAUAUACUUAUAACUACUAGAGGCUUAUAUUGAUGAUUAUCGAGUGUCCAGCCCCGGCGAGGACAUGAGUUUACGGUUGUAAGUGACACGUUUUUUUCUUCCUUUAUUCUCCUUACAUGUUUUCGAGGUGUUGAGCGGCCAAAGGUUUCAGUAGUAGAUUUUCCGAACGAAAUUGGUUGCCAGGAUCAAGUUCUGCUGAACACUCGAUAGUCAUUGCCAAAUAGCUAAAUCAAUUUACUCUUCGUUCCAUCCUUCACUAGAUUAGUUGAACACUAAGUUGUUUGAUAAAUUCUACAUCAUGUUAAGUUUGAACUGCUUUGUUUAACGUAUGCAAAGGUGUCUUUGUGAAUACAAUUGUAAUGCUGCUUGAAAUAAGUGUUUUCAAGGUAUAAUUGUUAAUGUUAAAUACUGGGAAUGUAUGCGGGUGCAAAUGAGCAAGUUUACACCUUUACUUUCUGUGAUUCAUAAAAAGAUUAGAGAGAUUGUUUAUGAAAUAUUAAUGAUAUAGACGGGAUUUAGUAUUUACGUGAACAUCAUCGGCCUGUUGAUACUUUUAUAUUUAUCCAGCGAAAAUUUUCAGUGGUUUUUAUAUUAAGUAUAUCAUAUAUUUACGGAUAAUCGCUACUGUAUGUGAAUAUACAGAGUGUUUGGUGUAUUGAAUUUGGGAAAAACUGUUCUUUCAGUCAAUGUUUCGAUUAAACUUUAACCACCAUAGAGGAUCUUCGAGGCGCGUUGCAAUCGAGAUCGUGUUUUCGUUUGCAAAGCUCUGAUAUACGAGAAGCGUUGAUUGCAGAAAAACGAAACGAUUGCAAAGAAAAAUCCUUUCGUUGCCAGUGCAUGCAGCUGAUGAGUUUUUUGGGCUUAUCAGCAAAAAUGUGCAGCUGACACCUCUGAAAAUGCAAGUCACUCGUCUUUGCGAAACGUUGGGAAGAAAUUGGGCUAAAAGCCAGAAAACCCCGUUAGUUAUUUGGAAUUUUAGGGCAUUUUACCAAACAUCCUUGAGCUUGGUUAUAAUGGACAUUUUUGGAGCUUCAGAACGGUUGAAUGGAAGAACAUUUUCGGAAAAUGCACACAUUUAAAAAUAAUGUAAUCCUCAAUCAACUUUAAAUCGUUUCCGUUUAAUCGAACUGGACUUUUGAGGUCUCCCUGAUAGACCAGCUUGUUUUACAGAGUGGACACUCCAUGUUAUGCCAAUCAGGCAAUUAAUUAUUAUACUUUAACUAUUUAGGACUAUACAAUUUCUGCAAAACACUUGGAAAAUGUACCGAUUUCACACUGUGUACAUCUAACAAUAGGAAUGUACGUGCAAAUUGCAAAACAAUACUGGAAUACAUACAGCAAUAAUAAAAAUUGCCGAUUUAAUCAUA